AUGGGUAAGAUCACAUCAUCAAUAUCAAGCUACGAAGGAAAGCCGAUUCGAUGCAAAGCAGCAAUAUGUAGAAAAGCAGGAGAAGCAUUGGUUAUAGAAGAGAUUUACGUGGAUCCACCUCAAGCUUAUGAAGUUAGGAUUAAGAUCCUAUGCACAUCUCUAUGUCACACCGAUCUUUCUUUCUUGAAAUUAGAUGAUGGACCACAUGUAAGGUUUCCUAGGAUUUUAGGACAUGAAGCAGUCGGUGUGGUCGAGAGCAUUGGUGAACAUGUGGACGCAUUUAAAGAAGGCGACGUCGUUUUGCCAGUGUUUCACCCUCACUGUGAAGAAUGUAGAGACUGCAAAUCCUCAAAGAGCAAUUGGUGCACAAGAUUUGCCGAAGAUUUUUUAUCCAACACAAGACGAUAUGGAAUGACUUCAAGAUUCAAAGACUCUUCGGGAGAAAAUAUUCAUCAUUUUCUUUUCGUCUCAAGUUUUUCUGAAUAUACUGUCGUAGAUAUCGCACAUCUUGUCAAAAUCUCUCAGGAGAUUCCUGUCGAUAAAGCGACUUUGCUCAGCUGCGGUGUCUCCACAGGAAUUGGAGCAGCUUGGAAGGUGGCUGACCUAGAAGAAGGAUCCACCAUUGCAGUUUUUGGCCUUGGUGCUGUUGGGCUUGCGGUUGCAGAAGGAGCCAGAGUGCGUGGGGCUGCGAAAAUCAUUGGUGUUGAUAUCAAUCCUGAUAAAUUCGAGCUAGGUAGAAAAUUUGGAAUAACGGAUUUCGUUAAUCCCUCCUUGUGUGGAGAAAAGAAGAUUAGCGAGGUGGUUAAGGAAAUGACAGAAGGAGGAGUUGACUACAGUUUCGUAUGCGUCGGUUUAAAUUCUUCAAUUAGUGAGGCAUUCAUCAGUACCCGCACGGGUAUAGGAAAAACGGUAGUGUUGGGAAUAGACAAGUAUCUAGCACCGGCAAGUUUGGAUAGUUUUGAUAUUUUCAGAGGCAAAAGUGUUUGUGGAGGCUUGUUUGGUGGUCUGAAACCCAAACUAGAUAUUCCGAUUCUUGUCGAUCAUUACUUAAAGAAGGAGCUUAAUCUGGAUAGUUUUAUUACACAUGAAUUGAAGUUUGAAGAAAUCAACGAGGCUUUCGAUUUAUUAGAGCAAGGAAAGUCUCUCCGUUGCAUUUUAUGGAUGGAUAAGUAA